AUGCACCCAGAAUCACAAGUACAGCCACAUGGCUGGGCCUCUCUCGAGGAGAGGUAUGAGGUGAUGAAGGAGAUUGGUGACGGCAGCUUCGGCAGCGUCGCCCUUGCACGCGUUCGAACUGCUGGUUCUCACAUUGCACGUCGCGGCACUUUGGUCGCCAUCAAGACAAUGAAGAAGACUUUCGAUUCAUUUUCAAGCUGUCUGGAGUUGCGGGAAGUCAUCUUCCUGCGAUCGCUACCACCGCACCCCCACCUUGUGCCAGCACUGGACAUCUUCCUGGACCCCUAUAGCCGGCGGCUUCACAUCGCCAUGGAGUUCAUGGAUGGCAACCUCUACCAGCUCAUGAAGGCCCGAGACCACAAGCCAAUGGAUGCGCAUAGCGUGAAGAGUAUCCUCUUCCAGAUAUUGUCUGGCCUGGAACACAUCCAUGACCGCGAGUUCUUCCAUCGUGACAUCAAGCCGGAGAACAUCCUUGUUUCAACAUCACAGCAAAACGACUCAUCGCAUCCCUUCCGCAGGUACUCGGCAAUGAUGACCCCCCCUUCGACCCCACCAGUCUACACCAUCAAGAUUGCCGAUUUCGGUCUUGCAAGAGAGACUCACUCUAAGCUGCCCUACACUACAUAUGUUUCCACUCGAUGGUACCGUGCGCCCGAAGUGCUCCUGCGAGCCGGUCAGUACUCUGCACCUGUCGAUAUCUGGGCAGUCGGUGCGAUGGCUGUUGAGAUUGCGACGCUCAAGCCCCUCUUCCCCGGUGGAAAUGAGGUUGACCAAGUCUGGAGGGUCUGCGAGAUCAUGGGUAGCCCGGGAGGCUGGGUCAACAAGCACGGCCAGCGAGUUGGUGGUGGUGAGUGGAAAGAAGGUGUCAGGCUGGCACAGAAGCUGGGCUUCUCUUUCCCCAAGAUGGCCCCGCACUCAUUAGACACCAUUCUCCAAACACCACAAUGGCCUGCCAGUUUGGCCCAGUUUGUCACAUGGUGUCUCUUGUGGGACCCCCGUGCAAGACCUACUUCCCGCCAGGCUCUUGAUCACGAGUACUUUCAGGACGCAGUCGACCCCCUGCGACUCAAGUCAUCUUCUUCCCGACUAUUGGGCCGCAAAGGAUCCGAGAUCUCUGGAAAGGAUUCUCCAGAGGCCUCCCCCAAGCUCACAUCCAAGACCUCUUCAUGGCUCCGACGCUCGUUGGUAGCUCGCGAGAGUGCACCAGCAGUCCCACAGCACAGCACCGUGCAGACGAUAUCACCUGCGGCAUCCCCUGCACAUGUGAAUUCCGGCGAUGUGAGUGGGGCGACUAAGCCUCGUCCUGCUGCCACUAAGCGAGCUACGUGGACGAACGGGGCUUCUAACAAUGGCGCGCCUAUCCCCAUUCUACCUUCCAUCAAGCCGAUUUCCCCACUUUCGGCUGAAGUUACUGCACAAGCCAAUGUUCGUGCUGCCAACGAUGAGUUGGCCGCGAAGAAGAUUGGCCGACAGCUUUCUGUCGCCUCGCACGGCAACCACUACGCAGACGUGCAUCGUCAAGAAGCAGAACGCGCAUUGAACGGUCAGUCAGAGGUUACCUCUCCGGCCGGACACAAGGAAGGGUUCUUCUCACACCUCAGGAAGCGCGCUCGCCGCCUUUCUGGACGCUACCAGACCCCUAUGUCGCCAAACUCGGAUGACAUCGAGGCCAAUGCUGGAUGUGCUCCUUGGGCGACGAAUAGCGCGAGGCAGUCUUUGAUCAUGGACCCGGCUCAAGGUGCUGCAUCCUCCUCAACCUCGGACUUCUCUGAGCUCGACAAGGCGUUGCAACACGUACGAGAUAGCGUCGAGGCGCACUCACACCAGACUGCGUCGAUGAAGAGCUCACGUGUUGCGUCAAACCCUAUGCUCAAACGCCAUCAUUCUGUCCCUCACGGACCCGAGCCGAGGACUGGUGAGAACGGAGUCAACGCGCCAAUUUCGAGCAGGACACGCCGAGCACUCCAGAACAAGUCUAACCCUUCUAACCGAUAUGAGACUCCCAACGAGGAGGAGGAGCUACUCAGUGAGGUGCUUGCAUCCACACACAAGGCUGCGAAGAAUCUCGAUAGCCAGAAGCAAUCUGCCGCUGCCGGGUCCUAUCUAACGCCCUCGCCAUCGGCCAAGCGCAACAGCGUGAACUUUGACCAGUCCGAGUACAUGACACCAAGCAAGCCUGUAGAUAUCUCAAAGAACCUGGCCAAGAACAACGACCCUGUGUCAAAGUGGCCCACACCUCCGUACGAUUCGGACUGGGCCUCUAGCGUCGCCGCCAGCCUCAUGGCGGCACAAACCCGUCAUCGAUGAUAUCCAACCUGCCGGGACCCAUACUUCUUUUCGCCUUGCCUUCGCUGCAUGCUGUUUCACCCGUAUAAUUGUAAUUUGGGUCACCGCACCCGCUCGUUGUCGCUUCCUAUACGACCGUACGACAUUGAGCUCUCCCGUCUGGAACGGUGCACGAUUACAGAAAGAUAGACACAGACGCUACGCGCUACAAAGCCCUCAAAAGCAAGCGCGUCUAUGGGACGGUGUUCUUGGCGUCACGAGCAUCUCCGUCCUUCGCGCAUCCACCAUCAUUUGUCAUCUCGCAACAUUGCGUUGCCCUUUCCAAUAUCAGAUCCACAUUCGCUCUGUAACACUACAUACUUUUCCUUUUACUGAGUCAUCUUUGGGCGGCAUCUUACUCCGGGACUUAAGGCGGGAGUGUUCUAUUUCGCGGGAAAUUGUUGAUACCUUACAAGUUAUUCCGGUCGACCACAAGGACUGUCCGUGUCGAUAAACAUCUCAGGGUCUGGCCGUGCUUCAGUUUCGGAAUCUUUUGGCGCCUCCCCAUCGUUGAGGGGUUGUAGGCGCUACUACCUGUCAUACCAUACUAGACCGAGUUUUUUUCUUUCAAGCGCUUCAUUUCGUUGGCGGAUACCCCAAUUUGAGCUGGCGACUACAUUAUACCUACCAUCUAGUAGUAUUAUCCUUGUUGGUUAAAGGGAACGGAAAAGGGAGGAACCCUGUUUUUUCUUCUUGGAAUACCUUGGAGGUGUGCAUAGAUGGAAACGGCGGUGGGUUGGUGGACCCGGUGUGGUCGUUGUAAGACAUAGUUUUGAGCGAUCAACUGGCCUCUACUCUCUCUCCUUGCGUUUACAUCUGGUUUUACAAUGCGAAAACUCUUUUUUUU